CAAAAGAAAGAAAGGAAUAGAUUGCUGCUACUAGAUGAAGAUAUUACAAGAUUGGCAACGAAUAUUCUAAUCCGAGGCGUCAAACGAAGAGGAAGGCAAAGACAAAUUAAAGAAAUCAAUGAGAGAAAGUCAUACAAGAUUGGAUAGGAAUAUUCCAUUCUAAGACUUGUAUAUGAUGAUAUCUCCAUAUUUAAAGGUACUUUGUAAUCCUAUUUUUGUUAUGUAACUAAUCAAAAGCUUUUAGUCGUAAAAGAAUGGAAGAAAAGAUGAAGAUAGGACCCGUUGGGAAGCAUGAUGCUAGAAGCAGCACAAUUGUAAACUGGGACGAAGGAAAACACGAUGGCUUCAUCUCUCAGAUCUUUCUCUCUCAUAGCCUCGGAGGUAUUAUGUCUAUCCAAUUCCAGUUCGUUCUGGACGGGAAGCUUGUUUUAUCCGACCGUCACGGUCCAUUCAUCGGCAACAUGUUUGACGUUCAGAUAGAGCUUAACUACCCGCAUGAGUACAUAACUGGAAUCAGUGGAGAGUAUUACAAGUAUGAAGCUAGCAAUCCUCACAUAAGGUCUCUCAAAUUCACUACCAACACUAGUGAGUACGGUCCUUUUGGCACCUCUGGUUCCAGCUACGAAAAAUUCGCGUUUAAAUUCGGGAAAUCUCCUCAGUUUGGCGGUUUCCAUGGGACUUACGAUGCCUCCGGACUACAGUACAUCGGUGUUUAUCUCCAGCCUAAAACAGUUCAACCCAAGAUCGAUACGAGCAAUGCAGAGGAAAUGGAGUCAAAAAUUGUUUUGGGUUGAAAAGUGUUUGUAUAUAAAAAAAUACUGUUCUGCCGAUGAUACAUGCUUUAAUAUGCAAACGCUUCUAUGAAUAAAUUGAUAUGUGUUACAUAUAAUCGUCAAAGAUAAUUUUAACCUUUA